UACAUGCCUUGCUUGCACUCAACGAGGAAGGCCAGCAGCAGCAGCAGAAGAAGGAGACGACGACUGCACGACAGUGAUUGUGAUUCCUCCAUUGAAGGAGGCUUCACCCUCCGCUCCUGUGCCACCGCCGAAACCCUUCCAUCCAAAUGCUCUCUUCCCUCUACCAUCCCUCCAUCAAAUGAAGCAACAUGACGAAGAAGUUGCCGCCGCCGACAAUCCCGACGCACCACGUGCUGUGGCUCGGCUGGAAGAUUGUCCUCAUCCUCUCCGUCUCCCUCUUCACCUUCGCCCUCUUCAGGCUACACCACCAGCCCCGUCUCUCUCCCCUCGCCCUCUCCCGGGAGAGAUCCCUCUCCUUAGGCCGUGGCUUCUCCGGGACCCCCAAGCUCGCAUUCCUCUUCCUUGUCCGCCGAAACCUCCCGCUCGAUUUCCUCUGGAGCAGCUUCUUCGAGGAUGUCGAUGCUGCUAAAUUCUCGAUAUACAUACACUCCGAACCGGGAUUCGUGUUCGAUGAGUCGACCACGAGGUCGCACUUCUUCUAUAAUCGGCAGCUCAGGGAUAGCAUUCAGGUGGCAUGGGGAGAGUCUACUAUGAUUGAAGCAGAGAGGUUAUUGUUUGCAACAGCUCUUGAGGAUCCUGCAAAUCAAAGAUUUGUCCUCCUUUCAGAUAGUUGUGUUCCACUGUACAACUUUAGCUAUAUAUACAAGUAUUUGAUGGCUUCUCCAAGGAGUUUUGUAGACAGUUUCAUUGAUGCGAAGGAAGGACGCUACAACCCAAAAAUGUCACCCACUAUACCAAGGGACAAAUGGCGAAAAGGUUCCCAGUGGAUUGCCCUUAUUCGUAGACAUGCGGAAGUGCUUGUAGAUGAUGAAGAAAUCAUUUCAGUUUUCAAGAAUUUCUGCAAGAGGCGGCCACCUAUAGAUGUCAGCAUGGGAAAGCUGAACGCUAGACGUCAGAAGCAGCACAACUGCAUUCCCGAUGAACACUAUGUGCAGACAUUGUUUGCUAUGAAUGAUCUUGAAUCUGAGCUUGAGCGAAGAACAGUAACGUACACUCUGUGGAACCAGUCGGCGGCAACAAAUGAGAACGGUUGGCAUCCUUUUACAUUUACUUACAUGAGCGCGAGGACAAAACAAAUAAAUGAAAUAAAGAGUAUAAACCACGUGUACUACGAAACCGAGUAUCGAACAGAGUGGUGCAGUAGCAACUCAACGCUCAUUCCUUGCUUUCUAUUCGCCAGGAAAUUCUCUCGGGGGGCUGCAAUGCGACUUUUAAGUGACGGGGUAAUUUCCCAUUUUGAUGCCUCUGCAUUAUUAGAUUCACAUCCGUGAAUAGGUGCCACGAGAAGCUAUUUAUGUUCUCUGGUUAGUACUCUUAGGCUUAACAAGAAUUUGACCAUACAUGAAUUUCAGAAUAAUAGGUAGAGUUUACCCUAUUGAUGAGAGUUCUGCAUGUUCGUUAUACAUACUGCUAGAGCCUGGAUAUACUAUUGUACUAGAUACUGAAAUGUCUACGACAGCGGCUAUCUGUUAAAUAUUAAGAGAAACUGAGUUUAAAUUUCGGAGAUGCUAUUCAUACAUAUAUUAGCCAUUAAGGGCGCUUUCUAUC